CCUCGAGAGCCAAGGGAGCAACCAAAAGUCGGACAGCGUUCAAAUUUUGGCCCGUCUAGUCAUCGAUCCAAAGUCAUCCAGAGCGCACGAGGAAGCCACAGUGAGUGGCAAAAACGACGACGAUACUAAACCAGGGCAGAUCUUUGAGCAAAAGCGGGAGACGCUUUCCUCGGAGGAAUCAGAUCCAGCGUCAUUGUGGUUGACUGCUCCCUCACCCGCCGGCCUUCAGAGGAUCGUCAAGGUGCUCGCCAAACCACGCCUUUCCGGCAACACGAAUUCAAGGAAACGGACUCUCUUUACUCAAUUCAAUCAUACACGACGGCACCCGCCGCAUCUACGCAUCCCUACCGAAUGUUGUCGUUUUGGACGGACGACGCGAGAGCUGCUAGCACCUAGAGCGCAUGGAAGAUCACAUACAAUGAAGACGUACAGUGGUGACGUCCAACAGACGCUUAUUUAG